CGAGAAAGCAGGAAGAAGAACCAAUGAGAUCUCAAGGAGACUCAGUUAUUUUCGAAGAUCAAUCAAAUCCAGAAGAUUCUUUCUACUAGCUGAAGAGACGAUGAUGAUUAGCUCUUCUUCUGUGCGUGUCGCGGCUGCUUUCUUCCUUGUCCUCCUCUUCCUCGUCAACGUCGUUCGCAGCGAGGAGUGCUCAAGAAAAUGCAUUGCGCAGAAUUGCGACAUUCUUUCUAUUCGGUACGGGAAGUACUGUGGGAUUGGACACUCUGGAUGUCCUGGUGAGGAGCCUUGUGAUGAUCUUGAUGCUUGUUGUAUGGUCCAUGACAGCUGCGUUGAGGCAAAUGGUAUGACUAACAUAAGCUGCCAUAAGAAGUUCAAGAAAUGCUUAAACAGGCUAAGCAAAUCGAUAAAACAAUCCAAAAACAAAAAGGUUGGCUUUUCCAAACAAUGCCCUUACUCGCAAGUCAUACCAACGAUGAAUCAAGGAAUGGAUAUAGGCAUCAUGUUCAGUCAACUAGGCAAUGAUAUGAAAACCGAGCUCUGAGUUUCCGCUUAUUGGAGGCAUCACAUUGGUCCUUUGUAGCUUUAGAAGAUUCUUUGGUGAUGUACGAUUACCUGUAUUACUAUUGCCACUGAAAAUCGCAGCUCGAUUAACUUAAUUCAAACACCACCGGUAAUUUUUUUGACAUGUUUUCUUGGGGGAAACUAUAAGCAUCUGAUAACACUGUUGUCUUGAUAAGAAAUCUCUUAUCUAUUCUUGAAGUCAAGUUAUGAAUUAUGAUCAAGAUAUCACGUUUCAAUUUGGUUGAAUAUUAUAUAAUUAUCAAACUUUAAUGUCACUAUUAGUCUUUAAAUCUAUUGUAAUUGUUCCUUAUAGCUCUGGCGAC